AUGUCUGAACCCCGAGAUACACAAGAUACACAAUCUCAGGAUAAUGCUUCGCAAGUCCAUGUUGAUGAUAACUUCUCUGAGCCAGCUACAAUCCCAUCAUCUUCAUUUUUGGCCGAACCUUCAUCUUAUUUAUCACAAACUGUCGCCUAUGGUACAAACAUUAACGUUCCAACAGCAGCGAACGAAAUUAGAUCGUUUGUUACUAAGUUUAAACUUGAUGAAAAUGAAGAAGAAGGCUUAUAUUUCACCAAGAUUCGAGAAAUGAAUGUUAUCCAAGAAUACAACCUUAAUGUUGAUAUGCAGCAUGUCUUCAAGCAUCAAGAAUCCCUUUACCACCAAAUUGUUGCCUUUCCACUCGAAAUGAUUCAAAUCUUCGAUUCUGUUAUUAAAGAAAUGUUCCAGGCAAUCAACACAGCAGAUAAUGAACAUGUUAAUGAAGUCCAAGUACGUCCUUAUAACUUAUUAGAGACAAAAUCCAUUCGAGAAUUACAUCCAACUGAUAUUGAUCGACUUGUAUCUGUCCGCGGUAUGAUUACUCGCUCUUCUCCUGUUAUUCCAGAUCUUUCUCAGGCCACUUUUAGAUGCAGAGCAUGCAAACACGUCUUAUCCGUUCCAGUUGCAAACGGCAAAGUCGAAACACCAGCACAAUGUCCAGGAUGCAAGAAGAACGACACGCUCGAGAUGGAGCACAACCUUUCAAUCUUUACAGACCGUCAGCAUAUCAAAUUACAAGAAUCUCCCGAAACAAUUCCUCAAGGAGAAACUCCACAAACUGUCGGAGCCAUUGUAUUCGAGGAGCUUGUUGAUUAUGCUAAGCCAGGUGACAGAGUUAUUUUGACCGGAAUUUGGCGUGCGAUGCCAGCCCGUAUUAAUCCUCGAGUUAGAACACUGCAUAGUGUUUACAGAACAUAUAUCGAUGUUGUUCAUAUCAAGAAGAAUCUCGACAGAGCAAUUGAGAACGAAGAUCUUAACGGAUUUAACGAAGCCACAUUAACAGCAGCCCAAAAGAAGGCCAAAGAAGACAGAUGCAUUGUAUUGAGCAAAGACCCAGAAAUCUAUGAUAAACUCAUCAAAAGUUUCGCUCCAAGUAUCUGGGAAAUGGAAGAACAGAAGAAAGGUCUUCUUUGUCUUCUUUUCGGCGGCGCUGUUUCUAAAACAAGAGGAGACAUCAACAUCUUGUUAGUCGGUGAUCCAGCCACUGCAAAAUCACAGUUGAUCCAGUACACUCAUAAGAUCGCUCCUCGUGGUUUGUAUACAAGUGGCAAAGGCUCAAGUGCCGUUGGUUUAACAGCUUCAGUUGUCAGAGACACUGAAUCAGGAGAGUUUGUUUUAGAAAGUGGCGCUUUAGUACUCUCUGACAGAGGUGUUUGCUGCAUUGAUGAAUUCGAUAAAAUGGAUGAUUCAGCAAGAUCAGUUUUGCACGAAGUCAUGGAGCAACAAACAAUCUCAAUUGCUAAAGCAGGUAUUGUUACAUCAUUGAACGCUCGUGCAGCUAUUGUUGCAUGUGCAAACCCAAGAGAUUCUUCAUACAACUCCAAACUUUCUGUUGUUGAAAACAUCCAGUUGCCACCAACACUUUUAUCUCGUUUCGAUCUCAUUUAUUUGGUCUUGGAUCAUGUUUCAGAGAUAAGAGAUCAGCAGCUCGCAAGACACAUCAUUGGUUUGUAUACAACACGCGAUGAAUUGUCUACACCUAUUCCUCCACAGCAACUCUCUGAAUAUAUUGCUUACGCCAAAGAAAACUGUUUGCCAAUGCUUACAGAUAAGGCAGCCAAAAGACUUGAGCAAGGAUAUAUUGACAUGAGAAACGCUGGUGGAAAGAAUGUCAUCUCAGCAACAACAAGACAAUUGCAGUCCUGCAUCAGAAUUGCUGAAGCAUGGGCUAAGAUGAGAUUGUCUGAAAUUGUUGAAGAAAAGGACGUCGAUGUCGCUUUGGAUUUGAUGAAAGAAGCUUUGCAUCAGUCUGCUACUGAUCCAACAACUGGUUUGAUUGAUAUGGAUAUCCUUAACUCUGGUACAUCAAGUGAGAAGAGAAAGCGUCUCACUGUUUUGGGUAACGAAAUCACAAGAUUCCUUUCUACAUUCGAAGGAAUGGUUUCUGUUGCUCAAAUUAUUACAAACAUUAGAGUUAAAAGAGGUGAAGCUGAAACUAGUGAACAGGAAAUCUUAGAUGCUUUAACAUCACUUGAACAAGAUGAUGUUGUUCAUUUAGUUUACGAGAAUUCAAGACCAACAAAGGCAGCAAUACUAAGGAAAUAA